UCCCCUUAUCUACUUAGAUAGAGCUUAAUAGAGAGAAGAAGAUAGAGCUAAGAAGAAUGGCUGUUCACUAUUGUUGUUCAUUAAUGUUGACUUGUCCUUCACCAAAAUCCUUGUCUAACAAAACCCCAUUUCUGGGUUUGUCCAUGGUAGCGCCCUCGUCCCUACCCCUUUCCAGGAACAAUCGGACAAGUCGAAUUGGCUACCAAGACAAAGCUGCGUAUAUUCCUCUUGACCAGCGAUGGAUGUUCGAAGAAUCUGAAAUCGAUGGCCCUGACAUUUGGAACGAGACAUGGUAUCCCAAGGCUGCUGACCAUGUGAACACUGACAAACCUUGGUAUAUCAUUGAUGCCAGUGACAAAAUUCUUGGAAGAAUGGCAUCAACUAUAGCCAUACAUAUGAGAGGGAAGAAUCUGGCCACAUACACUCCAAGUGUUGACAUGGGCGCAUUUGUCAUAGUGAUUAAUGCUGAGAAGGUUGCUGUAUCCGGGAAGAAGAGGAGCCAAAAACUUUAUAGGAGGCACUCCGGCCGACCAGGUGGGAUGACAGUAGAGACUUUUGAUCAACUGCAACAGAGAAUUCCUGAAAGAAUCAUUGAGCAUGCUGUCCGUGGCAUGCUUCCCAAAGGGAGGCUUGGUAGACAACUAUUUACACAUCUUAAGGUGUAUAAAGGUCCUGAACAUCCUCAUGAGGCACAGAAACCUGUUGAAUUGCCCAUUAGAGACAAGAGGAUACAGAAGCAACGGUGAACUCCAAGUGAUUCCAGCUCUCAUUUUUGGCUGUUGAUACUCCUUUAAGUUGUCUGUUGAACUUCAUAUUUGAAAUUGUACCUGGGCUCCUGCUUUUCUUUUCUUCUGUAGAGGUUUUCCAUUACAAAUUUAUUUGCCUACACCUCAUUGAUGUCCUUUAGGUUUCAGUUCUAAUGAAUAUUUCUUCACUCC